GAAGAAAAAAAAGAAAAAAGGGCUUGGUCCAUGGAAGAAAAAGUCUAUCUUUUGGCAAUUACCAUAUUGGAAGGACAAUUCUUUGCGCCAUAAUUUAGAUGUUAUGCAUAUAGAAAAGAACAUUUGUGAUAAUAUAAUCGGGACUCUCUUGGAGAUUGAAGGGAAGAAAAAGGACCAUGCAAAAGCUCGUUUGGACUUGCAACACAUGGGGAUUAGAAAAAAGCUCCACUUGAAAGCAACGAGUGAUGGUAAGAAAACUCAAAUCCCUAAAGCAUGUUUCUCCCUAACAAAGCAUGAGAAAUCUGUUUUUUGUGGUGUUUUAAAGACAGUAAAACUUCCUGAUGGCCUUGCUUCUAAUAUUUCUCGAUGUGUUCAAGUUAAUGAAGGAAAAGUUUAUGGGUACAAGAGUCAUGAUGCUCAUAUUAUAUUGCAUUACUUGUUGCAAGUAGCAAUAAGAGGGAUAGGCCCUAAUCAAGUUGUUAUUCCUUUGAUUCAGCUUUGUUCAUUUUUUCGUUGUUUAUGCCAAAAGGUUAUAGAUGUGAAAACUUUGGAUCGCUUGGAAGUAGAAAUUGCUGAAACACUUUGUCAAUUCGAGCGUAUUUUCCCUCCAAGUUUCUUUGACAUAAUGGUUCACUUACCAAUUCACCUUGCAAAUGAGGUCAGAUUGGGUGGGCCAGUUCAGUUUCGAUGGAUGUAUUACAUGCAAAAAAUAGAAUUCUAGAGGUUGCUACAAAGCAAACAGAGAGGCCUAGGAUUUUGCAACCACAAGCUAAGAACGAUUUUGCUCAAGGAAUGCUGAAAAAAAGAACUCAUGAGAAUCUACUAGACAACAAUAGAGAGAAAAUUCAAAAGGUGGAUAAAACAGUUGCAAGGAAGUUACUUAUUCCUUCCAAAAUAGCGAAACCUGAUAAACCUAAUAUAUCUUUGGACACAAUGAUGUCAAAAACUGAAUGCUCUAAAAAGGCAAAGAGGGUGCCUACAUGCCCAUCAAUGUUGAUUCAUGAUUAUGUGGAACUUCACAAGUCAAAAGAGAUGGAAGCAACCAAGUCAAACAAUGGAGAAAAACCGGGAAGUAACUUUCACCCUAGCUCUAGUAAAAAUCAGCCACUGUCUGGCAAAAAUAGAGUGGAAGAUUCGAGAGAACCGGUAGUCAAUGAAGAAGAGGAAAACACAAAUAGAGAAGAAGAACAAGGAAUAUCUCAAAGAAAAACUCGCGGGAGAACUUUGUGCAGAAAGAUUUAUGCAAGAACUUUUGAAGAGCGAGUAGAAGUGACCUAUAAUAAUGUUGAUCAGCCUAUCGGAACUCAACAUUUUGUCCUCUAA